GGGUGACAGGGUGUGGUCUGCCUGGAGCGGGCGACGCGGGAGAGCGGGGCAGAGGCCUGGGGCUGCGGAUGGUGUCGCGGAGUGCGGGGUGCUGUGACAGCGCGCAGCUAAGCGCAGGCGAGGGUGUCCCAGGCUCGCCAAGUGCCCAGCUCCAAGCUGCUCCAGCGCCCUCGCUGGCUGUGGGGACCGGACACCUGCGAGUGAAGAGCGAGUGGCGCUCAGCCUUCCUAGCAAAUUCUGGUAGGCACCAUAAGGACUGCAGACUAUCAGGAAUAGAAAGGACCUUGGAAACCAGAGGCCAUCCCAAAACAUCAACAAAAGAAAAGGCUGGAAUCAAAGGAGGGAAAGGCACAGUGUCCACCUGGAGGAUCUCCAACCUGAGCAGAUGCCAGUUGACAUGGGAACUCUGAAGAGAGCAAUUUAAGGAUUUUCACAUUUGCUCGCAGUGGUUUUGCCAAGACAGAAUAAUCUCCAAGGUAGCUAGGUGGGAUUUCUGAGGAGGGCCCUCAGAUUUCUUCUUGGCCCACCAUGAGGUUCUUUCUGCUUUGUUUCUGCGUGCUGUUCCUUCUGGUCUCCAGGUUACGGGCAGUCAGCUUCCCUGAAGACGACGAGCCCCUUAACACUGUUGAUUAUCACUAUUCAAGGCAAUAUCCGGUUUUUAGAGGACGCCCUUCAGGCAACGAAUCGCAGCAUAGGCUGGACUUUCAGCUGAUGUUGAAAAUUCGAGACACACUUUAUAUUGCUGGCAGAGAUCAAGUCUAUACAGUGAACUUAAAUGAAAUCCCCAAAACAGAGGUCAUACCAAGCAAGAAGCUGACAUGGAGGUCCAGACAACAGGAUCGAGAAAAUUGUGCUAUGAAAGGCAAGCAUAAAGAUGAGUGCCACAACUUCAUCAAAGUAUUUGUUCCAAGAAAUGAUGAGAUGGUUUUUGUCUGUGGUACCAAUGCCUUCAACCCAAUGUGUAGAUACUAUAGGUUGAAUACCUUAGAGUAUGAUGGGGAAGAAAUUAGUGGCCUGGCACGAUGCCCAUUUGAUGCCAGACAAACCAAUGUUGCCCUCUUUGCCGAUGGGAAACUGUAUUCUGCCACAGUGGCCGACUUCCUGGCCAGUGAUGCUGUCAUUUAUAGAAGCAUGGGUGAUGGAUCUGCCCUUCGCACAAUAAAAUAUGAUUCUAAAUGGAUAAAAGAACCACACUUUCUUCAUGCCAUAGAAUAUGGAAACUAUGUCUAUUUCUUCUUCAGAGAAAUCGCUGUGGAACAUAAUAACUUAGGCAAGGCUGUGUAUUCCCGAGUGGCUCGCAUUUGUAAAAACGACAUGGGUGGCUCACAGCGGGUCCUGGAGAAACACUGGACUUCCUUCCUGAAGGCUCGGCUUAACUGCUCAGUCCCUGGAGAUUCCUUUUUCUACUUCGAUGUUCUGCAGUCCAUCACAGACAUAAUCCAAAUCAAUGGCAUCCCCACCGUGAUUGGGGUCUUCACCACGCAGCUCAACAGCAUCCCUGGUUCUGCAGUUUGUGCCUUUAGCAUGGACGACAUUGAGAAAGUGUUCAAAGGACGAUUCAAAGAACAGAAAACCCCAGACUCUGUUUGGACUGCAGUUCCGGAAGACAAAGUACCAAAGCCAAGGCCUGGCUGUUGUGCCAAACAUGGCCUCGCAGAAGCUUACAAAACAUCCAUUGACUUCCCAGAUGAGACGCUGUCUUUCAUCAAAUCCCAUCCCCUGAUGGACUCCGCUGUUCCACCCAUUGCUGAUGAGCCCUGGUUCACAAAGACACGGGUCAGGUACAGGUUGACAGCCAUCGAAGUGGACCAUUCGGCAGGGCCCUACCAAAACUACACCGUCAUCUUUGUUGGUUCUGAAGCUGGCAUAGUGCUUAAAGUAUUGGCAAAGACCAGUCCUUUCUCUUUGAAUGACAGUGUAUUGCUGGAAGAGAUUGAAGCUUACAACCAAGCCAAGUGCAGCGCUGAGAGUGAGGAAGACAGAAAGGUCGUCUCCUUACAAUUGGACAAAGAUCACCACGCUUUAUACGUAGCCUUUUCCAGCUGCAUUGUCCGCAUCCCCCUCAGUCGUUGUGAGCGCUAUGGAUCCUGUAAAAAGUCUUGCAUCGCAUCACGUGACCCGUACUGUGGCUGGUUAAGCCAGGGAGUUUGUGAGAGAGUGACUCUAGGGAUGCUCGCUGGAGGAUAUGAGCAAGACACAGAGUACGGCAACACGGCCCACCUAGGGGACUGCCACGAAAGUUUGCCUACUUCAACCACACCAGAUUACAAAAUAUUUGGCGGUCCAACAGCUGACAUGGAGGUAUCUUCAUCUUCUGUUGCCACUGUGGCAAGUAGCCCAGAAAUUACAUCUAAAGUGCUUGAUACCUGGAGACCUAAACUGACGAGCUCCCGGAAAUUUGUAGUUCAAGAUGACCCAUACACUUCUGAUUUUACUGAUACUAUAUCAGGUAUCCCAAAGGGUGUACGGUGGGAAGUCCAGUCCGGAGACUCCAACCAGAUGGUCCACAUGAAUGUCCUCAUCACCUGUGUGUUUGCCGCUUUCGUCUUGGGUGCAUUCAUUGCAGGCGUGGCUGUGUAUUGCUACCGUGACAUGUUUGUUCGAAAGAACAGGAAGAUGCAUAAGGAUGCGGAAUCAGCUCAGUCCUGCACAGACUCCAGUGGAAGCUUCGCCAAGCUUAACGGUCUCUUUGACAGUCCCGUGAAGGAAUACCAACAGAACAUCGAUUCUCCUAAACUCUAUAGCAACCUGCUGACCAGUCGGAAGGAGCUGCCACCCAACACGGAUACAAAAUCCAUGGUCAUGGACCACCGAGGCCAGCCUCCAGAGCUGGCUGCUCUCCCUACACCAGAGUCCACACCUGUACUCCACCAGAAGACCCUGCAGGCCAUGAAGAGCCACUCUGACAAGGCCCACGGCCAUGGUGCUUCAAGGAAAGAACAUCCUCAGUUUUUUCCUUCUAGUCCUCCACCCCACUCCCCAUUAAGUCACGGGCAUAUCCCCAGUGCCAUUGUUCUUCCAAAUGCCACCCAUGACUACAAUACAUCAUUUUCAAACUCUAAUGCUCACAAAGCCGAAAAGAAACUUCAAAACAUCGACCACCCUCUUACAAAGUCGUCUAGUAAGAGGGAACACCGACGUUCUGUGGAUUCCAGAAACACCCUUAAUGAUCUCCUGAAGCAUCUAAAUGACCCAAACAGUAAUCCCAAAGCCAUCAUGGGAGAAAUCCAUAUGGCCCAUCAGACCCUCAUGCUGGACCCAGUAGGGCCUAUGUCUGAGGUCCCACCCAAGGUCCCUAACCGGGAGGCAUCUUUGUACUCCCCUCCCUCAACACUCCCCAGAAAUAGUCCAACUAAGAGAGUAGAUGUCCCCACCACUCCUGGGGUCCCAAUGACAUCUCUAGAAAGACAAAGGGGCUAUCAUAAAAAUUCCUCCCAGAGGCACUCUAUAUCAGCUGUGCCUAAAAACUUAAACUCACCAAAUGGUGUUUUGUUAUCCAGACAGCCGAGCAUGAACCGUGGAGGAUAUAUGCCCACUCCCACAGGGGCGAAGGUGGACUAUAUUCAGGGGACACCUGUGAGUGUCCACCUGCAGCCUUCCCUCUCCAGACAGAGCAGCUACACCAGUAAUGGCACCCUACCCAGGACGGGACUAAAGAGGACACCAUCCUUAAAACCUGACGUGCCACCAAAGCCUUCCUUUGUUCCUCAAACCACACCUGUCAGACCACUGAACAAAUACACUUACUAGGCCUCAAGUGUGCUAUUCCUGUGUGGCUUUAUCCUGUCCCUUGUGUUGAGAGGUCGCUGUGAGGGUACCUUAAGACAAGAUACCUGCUUGUAUUUUCAGAGAAACAAGUAGCCAAAGAAACUUUGUAACUUUGGUAACAUCAGAACUUGCCACAUGUAGCUACUGCAGCAAGGCUUCUGUGUACUGGCCUGAAACAGAGGGAGGUACUGGUCAUUCCAUUUCUCUUGUUUGAAGCUGAAGGGGAUGUGUAGCCUGGAAGGGGCUCCCUUCACCAGUGUAUAGAGCUGACACAGUACUCAGAAGACUGAACAAAUACUUGAAAAUGGGUUCAAUUUAGACUGCCAUUAUGUGUGGUCUUCCCAUUAAAUGUGAACAUUUUAAUAUGUAUGCAUUCACCUUGCCUCUUGCACAAAUGUCAAAAUGAAAAGAUGGGAAUGUCUCAAAACAAAAUGAGCUUGUAGAUUACCAAGCAGUUUGCUAAAAAAUUCAAUCUUUGACCCAAAUUGUA